AUAAUACUCUCAAUUUCUCUUCAGCUCAGGCAAUACUGAAAGAGUAGGACAGAGCAAAGAGUAACUGGAAAAAUGGAAACUCUUCCAGCAGAUCAGACAGAUAUGGGAGAGAAGAGCACUUUGGAGCUGUUAGAUUUCCAUACAGAGACAGUUAUUAAAAAAAGCACUCUUAGGAAAUAUAAGAUACUCUGUGUUGUUCUUUUCAUUUCUUUGGUGGCUGUAGCCCUUGGACUAGGUUUAGGGCUUGGACUGAAACAAUCUAAGCAACCACAAGAAAGCUGCAGAAACAGAUGUAAUGAGACAUUCUGUGAAGAGCUAUCGUACUGUAGUUGUGAUAACAAGUGUACAGAACGCGAAGCUUGCUGCUGGGAUUAUCAAGAUAUUUGUGUGCUACCAACUCAGAGUUGGUCUUGCAAUAAAUUACGUUGUGGUGAGAAGCGAAUGGCCAAUGUAUUAUGCUCCUGUUCUGAAGACUGCUUGACGAAAAAAGAUUGCUGUACAGACUACAAAAGCAUCUGCAAAAGAGAAACAUCCUGGCUGAAAGAUCAGUGUGCUUCUUCUAGUGCUUCUCAGUGUCCAGAAGGGUUUGAUCAGUCCCCACUUAUUCUUUUUUCAAUGGAUGGCUUUAGGGCUGAAUAUUUGGAAACCUGGGAUAGUUUAAUGCCCAAUAUCAACAAGCUUAAAACUUGUGGGACUCAUGCCAAAUACAUGAGAGCUGUUUAUCCAACCAAAACCUUUGUAAACCACUACACUAUUGUUACAGGCUUGUAUGCAGAAACCCAUGGCAUUAUUGACAAUAAUAUGUAUGACGUGAAUUUAAAUCAGAACUUCUCACUUUCUGGAACGAACAUGAGAAAUCCUGCCUGGUGGGGUGGACAACCUAUUUGGCAUACAGCAACCUCUCAAGGUUUGAAAGCAGCCACCUACUUUUGGCCUGGAUCUGAAGUAAAAAUAAAUGGAUCUUUCCCAACUAUAUACAAAGUGUAUAACAAAUCAACUCCAUUUGAAGCAAGAGUUAUGGAGGUGCUAAAGUGGCUAGAUCUCCCCAAAGCUAAGAGGCCAGAAUUCUCCACAUUGUAUAUUGAGGAACCGGACACAACUGGACAUAAAUUUGGACCUGUUAGUGGACAAAUAAUUAAGUCUUUACAAAUGGCAGAUCGGACCCUGGGAAUGUUGAUGGAAGGCCUAAAGCAAAGGAAUCUGCAUAAUUGUGUCAAUCUUAUCCUUCUGGCUGAUCAUGGCAUGGAGGCAAUAUCUUGUAACCGGCUGGAAUACAUGACAGAUUAUUUUAAUACAGUUGAUUUUUUUAUGUAUGAAGGUGCAGCACCUCGUAUUCGAUCAAAAAAUGUUCCAAAAGACUUUUAUACAUUUGAUUCUGAAGCAAUUGUUAAAAAUCUUACAUGCCGAAAGCCAAAACAGCACUUUAAAGCUUACUUGGCCAAAGACCUUCCAAAGAGACUACACUUUGCUAACAACAUUCGCAUUGACAAAGUUAAUCUGAUGGUUGAUCGACAGUGGUUGGCCGUGAGGAAUAAAAAAUAUAGAUAUUGUUCUGGUGGAACCCAUGGCUACGACAAUGAAUUUAAAAGUAUGGAGGCUAUCUUUGUAGCACACGGGCCAGGCUUUAAGGAAAAAAAUGAGGUGACAUCUUUUGAAAACAUUGAAGUUUAUAACUUAAUGUGUGAUCUCCUGAAGCUUAAACCUGCUCCAAACAAUGGAACACAUGGAAGCUUGAAUCACCUCCUAAAAAACCCUUUCCACAAUCCUUCUCCAGCAAAAGAACAAUCUUCUCCUCUCUUAUGCCGUUUUGGCCUCGUUCCCAGUCCAGAUGUUUCAGGAUGUAAUUGUAGCUCAAUAACAGAUUUAGAAGCAGUGAAUCAAAGGUUAAACCUCACUGACCAAGCAAAAAUGCAGUCUGAAGCUGAUAAUUUGCCUUAUGGAAGACCCCACGUUCUACAGCACAGCAAGUACUGCCUCCUUCACCAGACUAAAUAUAUAAGUGCAUAUAGUCAAGACAUCUUGAUGCCAUUAUGGAAUUCAUAUACUAUCAACAAAUCACUGGUUAAGCCAACUUCUGUCCCUCCCAGUGUUUCAGACUGUCUGCGGCUAGAUGUUCGAAUCCCCGCAGCUCAGAGUCAAACUUGCUCCAACUACCAGCCAGACCUGACUAUCACCCCCGGCUUCCUCUAUCCUCCCGACUUCAGUUCAUCUGGCCCUGGGCAGUACGAUGCUCUAAUUACUAGCAACAUUGUUCCUAUGUACAAAGAAUUUACACGAUUGUGGAGUUACUUCCAUAGUACCCUACUUCCAAAAUAUGCUACAGAGAGAAAUGGACUAAAUGUCAUCAGUGGGCCUAUUUUUGAUUAUAAUUAUGAUGGGCACUUUGAUUCUUAUGACACAAUCAAACAGUAUGUAAACAAUACAAAGAUUCCCAUCCCAACCCAUUACUUUGUUGUGCUGACUAGCUGUGAGAAUUCAACCAAAAGUCCACUAAAUUGUCCACCAGGCUCUUUGAAAGUUUUGUCUUUUAUUCUCCCUCAUCGUCCUGACAACUCAGAGAGCUGUGCUGAUAAAUCACCAGACAAUCUGUGGGUUGAAGAAAGAAUGCAGGCUCAUACAGCACGUGUUCGUGAUGUGGAGCUCCUUACUGGUCUGGAUUUUUAUUCAGAGCUCAAACAACCUCUCUCAGAAACCCUUCGAUUGAAAACAUUCCUGCCUAUAUUUGUAAACUCAGUUAACUGAAUGUAAAUCUAGGGCUAUUCCAGAAAAAUGGCUCUUAGCAUCAGUGCUAUUAAUAAUAAUAAAAAACCACUAUUGUGU